AUGUCACAACCAGCUCAACGUGCAGCCACUCAAAAGCUAACGGAAAAGAUCUUCAACAAGUCAAACUUCAAAUAUAUCUUUACUACACAUUUUUGGGGUCCAGUCUCAAAUUUUGGUAUUCCACUUGCUGCUAUUUAUGAUUUGAAAAAAGAUCCAGAAUUAAUCUCAGGUCCAAUGACCUUAGCCUUGGUGUUAUACUCUGGUGUCUUUAUGAAGUACGCUUUAGCUGUUACUCCUCAAAAUUAUUUAUUAUUUGGUUGUCAUGUUGUAAAUGAAGCUGCUCAAUUGGGUCAAGGUUUUAGAUGGUUAAAUGCUCAUUAUUUGACUGGUAAAGAGGAACCUAAGAAGAACUAG